UCCCCUCCCACGUAAGACAAUGGGAGUGGGCAUGCAAGGCAGCGAUCUGCGAGCUUUCGGUACCGACCCCAGAAACAACAUGGACGCAUGGCUGCUUGCUCGACGAUGCUGAUGUCGCCGUGAGAAUGUCAGCUCUGCCCAUGUCGCGUUUUCUUUUACUCUUCCUCCUCCUGAACAACCUCUGGAAAAAAACACUUGCUAAAUCCAUCCCGGAUCUGGGAGCGAUUGAGGUGCUGAUCAAAGUUCAGGUUUUUGACAACAGUGACCUUUCACCUCUGGCGGGCGCUGCUGUUGAGAUCUACGGGAACCAGUCCACACUGGCAUCUAGCAGGGCUGGCAGCGAUGGUGUCGUCAUGGCUACCUUCGUGUACCGUCCAGGAACAUGGGUGAUCGUCACCGCAACUAAACAGGGCUACGUCACCAACUCCGCCCCCUGGCAUGCCAACCGUGUCCCCUUAUACGCCUCCGUCAGCCUCUACCUGCUGCCUCAGAGGCCGGCCACGCUCAUCCUCUACGACGACGUGGUCCAGAUGCUGCUGGGGUUGCCAGGAGGCAGAAGCCAACCUUGGGUGCAGUUUCAGAGGAAGGCCAUCCGACUGUCCCUCAACUCUUCCUACACCGAUCUGGUGGCUAUGCUGACGGCGGCCAAGAGCCAGUACGAGAUCGGAGGCUUCCCCUACCCACUGGGCCGGGAGGCCAAUGGCACAGGGGGAGACGGCAGCUGGGUGGAUCUGACGGCGGUGGGUGCGGUCAGCACCCUCCUCUCCACCCGCGACGGCAGCGUCCUCCACGUGUCGGACCCCGUGCACGUCUCCGUCCCGCUGCCCCCCGACACGCCCCUCAAGGCGGCCACCAGCGUGCCUGUUUGGAGAUUUGAAGCCAGCACAGGUCUCUGGAUCAGGAACGGCACAGGAUACAUUAAGAAAGAGGGAGUGCAGAUGGUCUGGAGCUUUGUGGCCCCUCAGCUGGGCUACUGGCUGGCAGCCUUCCCUUCAAGCUCAGGUCUGGCUCUAAACCCUUCUGGCUUGCGUGACAUCACCACCUACCACACCAUCUUUCUCCUCGCCAUCUUGGGCUCCUUGGCCUUGCUGGUGCUCAUCCUGCUCUGCCUGCUGCUGUACUAUUGCAGGAGGAGGUGUCUGAAGCCUCGGCAGCAGCCUCGUAAGAUGCACGUCGCCUCCACGCUGGAGGCCUUGAAGCAGGACCAGGGCACCUCAACCUCACACCUCAACCUCAUCAGCAGCAGCCAUAUCGAGUCGGCCUCCUCCAACGGCAACCUGGGUGCAGGCAAGGCCGAGCUCUCCUCACGGGAGGAAUACUUCCGCCACAUCCCCACCCAGAAGGUGCGUCAGUCCACGGUCAAGGUGGAUGUGGCUGCCCGACACGGGGAGAGUUUUCCCAUGAAAGUGACUCACUCGACUGAAACCAACAACCUGGACGCCCCACGGCGAGAUGACAGACAUCAUUUCCACAUCGCAAACGAUAACCGGGGCUACUCCUCCGACCCCCCUUCUCCUCCUUCUUUCAGUAGCCACUACCAAGACCCCAGUCAUAAUGGCCGACCCCCUGAGUAUUCCAUGUCGCAGGCUUCAGAACCCAUGGUCCGGCCCACCUCCCUGAACACCCAACCCGGUCAGCUCAUCUUUUGUAGUUCCAUGGACCAAAUGAAGGAAAGCAUGUACCGGAGCGUGGUGCCCACUUUGGUCAUCCCAGCCCACUACAUGCAGCUCUCCACAGACUUCUCUGGUGUGGAGCAAGCUUUGGAGCAGCAACAGCAACAGCAGCAUGACCGAGAAGGGAUCCAGGUGAGCAUGACCCUGCCCCGGCAGACAGCAUCUCAUCAGCAGCAGCAGGGCCUGCAACAGCAGAUAAGCGGCCAGCAGGGGGAGCCGUCGGGCACCGUUCGUAUUCCAGUGCUGUUCGACGACUCCACUAUGGCCCAGAUGAACGGCGAGCUGCAAGCUUUGACAGAGAAGAAACUGCUGGAGCUUGGAGUGAAGCCCCACCCUCGCGCCUGGUUCGUGUCCUUGGAUGGACGGUCUAACUCUCUAGUGCGGCACUCCUACAUCGAGCUUGGAAAUGAACGUGGUGCCAGUGGCUCAGAGUCCAGGCUGGAGACGCGUGACGGCAGACUGCAGCCCCGGAAAGUGAAGGAGGAACGAAGCGGCGCCGGAGAGCGGAGGGGUCACGGAGCCAAGGUGUAUUCCAAGCUUGCCUGCAUGGAUGACACGGAGCCCAGUAGCAGUGACAGCCGCACUGGGAUGUGCUCGCCGGAUGACAACUCCCUCACCCCGCUUCUAGACGAGGCUCCCGAGCCCCGAGGAGCCACCUUCCCCCGGCCGAGUCGUAGCCGGGGCAACAGCUCGAGGAGCGGCGACAGCGAGAACCGCCGGGGUUCCGUCACUAGCCCCGAGGAGAACACCGAAGGGGAUGACAAGGACGAUGAUGGCGAGAACAAGAAGAGUCCAUGGCAGAAGCGCGAGGAAAGACCCCUCAUGGUCUUCAACGUCAAGUAAGGUCUUCAGAAGCCAUUUUGUAAGAGUUUACGGUUAUCCCCUUGGGAACAUCUCAAACCUCGUGCCCUUCGAUUGUGUCAUUGAAGUCUUUGCUGUAAACGGUCUGUAAGUUAAAUCAAAGGAGGAUAAAGAAAAUCGCACUUACUUAAAUCUAAGGCACAAAGCACAACUGUGAACUGGACCAACAUCUGAUAACCUUCCUUUCUAAUUGUCGUUGUCCUUCAUGCUGGAGACUGAUCACCUUAACCACGCUCCUGUACAUCGGAUGCCUUUCGAAUUGUUUGUUCGUCGUCAUUUCUGCGGGCCGCAAACCUUGAGCAAAGUCGGCAUUUACUCUUUGGGUUCGUGUGACAUGAGAGGAAAUCAAGACAUAAAAUAGAAAUAGUUUUUAACGUUCUCUCUUUUUCAAGGUAACGCCACAUAAUCCGAAAAUUCACCUGUCAUACUUUUUUUUUUUUUUUUUUUUUACGUAACCUGCUCUUCACCUCAUUGGUGAAAGAUUUUGUAUUGACUUCGGGAGCAAACAGCAGGUAGACGUGUUUAUUCCUAUGGAAAGAAAAAUACAUCUUUUUUUCUGCAGACGAAGGAAGGAGUGUAGAUAAUCCAGUUUUUUUAAGGAUUGCUGUUUUUUUUAUUUUUUAUUCUGUAGUUUUUAGGUUGAAACGGGAGCUAAAUGACUAGAGUAACUGGAGAGAGAGAGCAAGGAACUUCCAGUCAGAUCG